AUGGCUAGCCAUGGCACCGUGCAAAGACCAUCCACCACCACCUCAACAUCCCCAACUCUCCCAACAACUCAUCCCCAUGAACCGAAAGACUCAACACCAAGAGUGAGACUCGAAUUCAGCCUCUGUUUUCCCUUCAACAUCCCCAAGACCCCAGAAGCAGCCGCGGCCCGAAUCAUCAGAAACUUGAGUUACUACAGAUUGUACUACACACUUUUCAUAUGGAUCAUACUCUUCAUAACCCUCUUGCCGAAGCGUAAGCUCUCGUUGCUUUUCUUGAUAGCAAUGACUGCUCUGACCUGCUCGUUCCUUGCGGUGAUGAGGUUAGUACCUGCUGAUUCUGUUGUCCUGCAAUACAAGAUCAUUGAUAGGAGACUGGUCCUGGCUUUGCUGGUAAUUGCGACCAUGGUUGAGCUCAUAGUCACACGUGCGGCCAUACAUCUCUUUGUGACUUUGGCUUGUGCGACUCCAGUGAUUUUGGUGCAUGCAGUUUUCAGGGUUAGAGAUGAUCUUUGUGUUGAAGAGAAGGCUUCUGCUGCUGGUGAAUUGGUUCCACUCAUAAAAAACACUGAACCCAAGUUAUCAGAUUCCGUGUGA